AUGGCCCUUGGUCGAAUGCUGUCAAGUGAAGCCGAAGCGGACGGUGACGCAGGUGACCCGCCUGCCUACGCGGAGCUGGAGGAGUUGCGAGACGCCGAGGAAGCGUCGGAGGAGGACGAGGAGCUUCCGGAGGCGCUCGGAGAAAGAGGGAUCGGACCGGACUCGCCGCACUCGCCUCGCGGGCCGUGUGGGGGCGACGGCCUGGGCCCUGGCCGAUCCCGCGGCUUCUCGCUGCGCGGGAGCUCCUCGGCUUGCACCGGCAAGGCGCGGACACGUUCAGGGAAGACGGAGGGUUUAAGAGUUUGGGAGCAGAGCGGACUUGAGCUGCGGGAGGAAGAGCCUGAGGACGCGAGUUCCUCGAAGUUGGAGAAGCUGGGACUGCGUCUCGUCGUCGCCGCUGAAGCUGCAGCACGAAAUGCCGCAGCGGAAGUGGCGAGAGAGGUAGCCGAUGCCGCGGCUUCGAAGCUGGCAGAGCUGAGGCGCCAACUGCUGAAGGAGGUGGAGCGCCAACGCUCCUCACUGGAAGCAGCAGCCGCUGAGAUGGGCUUGCAGGCGAAAGCCGCGGUGGCUAUGGCCAAAGGUGCCGAGGAUGCUGCGGCCGUGGCGGAGACUUUCUCACUGCGCCUGGAAGCUUCUCAAAGCGAGCUUCAAGAGGUGAAGGAGACAGGCGCCGAACAUCAUGCUGACUUGCAUCAGUGUCUGGCGUCUUUGAAGCUGGAAGUCGAUGAUGCUCUUGGUCCAAAGAUCGGAGACCUGGAGGAGCAGCUCCAGGCAGAGAGCCAGCGGCUGAAGGCUGUCGGAGGCCAAGCCGAGGCCACGCAGGAGGCCUUCCGGCAGAAUUCGGAGGCCCUGGCUGAGCUCUCCGAGGCCUCCUGGGCCCAUCGGGCGGAGUGUGCUCAGCAGAGACAGAUUCUGCAAGAACUCUUCGCCGAGAAGUUCGCUGAAAGUCUGUCCAAACACGACAAGACGUCCGCAGAACUGACCGCCGUGGCCCAGACCCUGCACGGCCGAGUGGAGGCCGCCGAGACCUCCCUCGGCGCGCUUCGCGCGGACUUCGAAGGCGCCUCGAAGCUGCGCCGCUCGGAGUCCGUGGAUUUGGGGAGCCGACUGGCUGAGCUCGACAAGAGUUCCCGGCGCCUCAUGGAGGAGGCGGUCGAAGAAGCGAAGAAGGCAACGGGGGCGCUGGAGGCAACCUGGAGACCAGAGGUUCAAGAGAUUCGACACGAGAUCCAGGCUUCUCAGCGUAAGUCAGUCCAGGCGCUGGAGUCUGAGAGCGCGAGAUUGACCAAAGCUUUGCAGGAACUGCAGCGUCAGGGCAUCAGCCAUGAGUGGAUGGUGCCACGGGCACAUCAGCGUGUCGAGUAUUUGGCCAUGAAUUCCAGCGAUGCAAAAGGCAUCUGGAUGGAUUCCCCAGAAUUCCGGCUUGGAGGGCAAGGCCCACUUUUCCUGCGCUUCUAUCCGCAAGGCGUAUCAGGCGGUGAUGGUCUUUGCGCAGUUGGUCUGUAUGCGCCCCGCCAUGACAAGCUUGCCGCAUUGCCCCUUCGGUUGGACCUUCGUGUGGCAGACCUUCGCAAGAGAGCCGUUGCGCAGACAGAGGCAGAGGGCGUGCUGUGGCUGGCGCAUGGCUUCGGCACCCUCGACCUGGUCAGAGCCGACAAGGAAGACCUGUCCAUAGGUGUGGAGGUUCCUCCCUUCGCCUGGGCGGCUUUGGAGAGGGCGAAUCCGUUUCAGCAGGGGCCAUCUUGUGCAGCGGUAAAGUUGCAGGACGCCGGCAAAGACUGUCCAAAGCCGACAGUUCGUAUAGAUCAGAUCUCUCGGGAUUGCAAAGUGGCAAACUCUGUGCCGGGAUCGCCGAACACUGCAGGCCCUGUAGCUGUUCUGUCGAGCCCAAGUCCAUCGCGGCCUGGAUGGACAGUUUUCGGCGACCAAGGUUGUCGGGAUGCGGUUGAGCAGCCUGAGCGGCGUCGCCCAUGGUCGGCCCAUGCCGCACAUGCACUGCGACCUGCAAAUAUGCCGGCUGCAUUUGCUACGCUUCCGGCGCAAAGGAGCCGGAAACCUCCCACAAAUCCAUUCCUGCCGGCCACAAGUGCCGACGGAGAACGACCGACGAAUCCUUUCAUCGACCGGCCGUGA